UGUAAUUUUUCCAGGAGAACGGAAAAACAAUCCUACCUUGUUUGGUUGGCGAGAGUGAAAACCCAGAGAGAGAAAACUUGGACGGAAAAUUUGAAGAGCGCCGAAACGGAAUUCUCCAGUUUCUGUGCGCAGCCACUCUGAUCGCUCCUCUCUCCCUCUCUCUCGUCCUCCUCCACCAUUAGCCCUUUCUCAACUCAUUCUUCGCAUCGACUUCCCAUGACCGCAGGUGUUCAAUAAAGGUUCGACAAACACGGUAGGCUUCUUUAGAUCGUGUUCACAAGCUCGAUUUGAGAUAUGGACUUCGCGUGUGGUGUUCAGCAGCGGAGUUUCCUUCAUGGAGGUGAAGGGGCGGGUUACGGCUUAACCAAUCGAUUGCUAGGCCCCAAACUGUGUCACAAGGGAUUUUGCAUUAAAUUUUUUAAUCCGGCGUUUGAUACUAAAGUGGGGGCGUCGAGAAGAUUGAGGAAGAAUGCUGAACACAGUGGCCCUUUGACUUUGAAUGCCGUUUCCACCGGAAGAUUCUGUAGUCAUUCGCUUCCCAGAAAAUCUUUAGUUUGCAGUGGUCGCGAAACUAAGAGUUUUCUGCAGGGAUUUAGGUUAAAUUGUCAAGCUAACGAUGCUUUUGGAAAUGUGGAUGGGAAUAGCCGAGAUGCUGAAUUUGCAGAUAGUGGUGAUGGGUAUCUGGGGAAUAGUUCAGAAGACAAUGAGGUUACUAAUUCAAAAGAAGAAGAAAAAGAAGUGAGAGAGGAGGCAGAAACACCUAGUCUGGAGGAACUCAGGGAGUUAUUGCAGAAGACAAUCAAAGAAUUGGAAGUUGCUAGGCUCAAUAGCACCAUGUUUGAGGACAAAGCCCAAAGAAUAUCAGAAGCAGCAAUAGCAUUGAAAGAUGAAGCAGCCAAUGCCUGGAACGAUGUUAACCAAACCCUUGACAUGAUUCAAGAGACAGUUGACGAGGAAUGUAUUGCUAAAGAAGCUGUUCAGAAGGCUACUAUGGCAUUAUCUCUAGCUGAAGCUAGGCUUCAGGUUGUACUGGAAUCACUUGAAACAGCUGCUGGAAAUGAUAUUCGAGAAGCUUCUGGAGAGAGUGAGAUUAGUGACGAUGUUAAAGAUAAAGAAGAAGUCCUUUUAGCUGCUCAGGAUGACAUAAAAGAAUGUCGAGAAAAUUUAAUGAAUUGUGAAGCCGAACUGAAGCGUUUACAGAGUAAGAAAGGGGAGCUGCAAAACGAAGUGGCCAGAUUGAAUGAGGUAGCUGAGAGAACACAGAUUGACGCAUUGAAAGCCGAGGAGGACGUUGCAAAUAUUAUGAUAUUAGCCGAGCAAGCUGUUGCGUUCGAAGUUGAGGCAACUCAACGUGUGAAUGAUGCCGAAAUUGCUCUCCAGAGAGCUGAAAAGUCACUUUCCAGUUCUCAAACCCAAGAAAAACCCCAGGGCCAGGUAUUUUCUGAAGAAAUUAUUCUUGAAGAAGAGGAGGUUGUUCCAAGUAUUAUUGAUGAUGGGAGCCAUGAGGGAGAAAGAGAGUUACCAAUAAAUGGCGAUUCAUCAAUUGCCCAACAUACAUCAGAUCUUGUGUCUAAUAAAGUCGGCCAGAGCACUCAACAGUUUACUCAGCCUUACGAGAUAAGUGAUCAUGAGAACGGAAAGCCAAGCGCAGACACUGUUAAGGAUGUUGAAGCUGAACCAGAAAAGUCAAAGAAUGUCGUCCAAACAAAGAAGCAGGAGAUGCAGAAAGACCUGACAAGGGAGGCUGCUUCUCUUAAUGCUCCAAAGGCAUCACGGAAUAAAUCAUCCCGGUUCUUUUCUGCAUCUUUCUUCUCUUUCAGUGCAGAUGAGACUGAUUUCACUACUGAAACAGUUUUUCAUAGUCUGGUGGACUCUGCGAAAAGGCAAUGGCCUAAGCUAAUUCUCGGAGUAGCACUGCUUGGAGCAGGACUAACAUUCUACACCAACCGAGUAGUGAGGAACAAUCAGCUGCUUCAGCAGCCGGAUGUUAUCACCACUAGUGUAGAAGAUGUUUCCUCCAAUACAAAACCUCUUAUCCGGCGGGUGCAGAAACUUCCCAAGAGAAUCAAGAAACUACUUGAGAUGAUCCCUCAUCAAGAGAUGAAUGAGGAGGAAGCUUCCCUUCUUGAUAUGUUGUGGUUACUGCUUGCAAGUGUCAUAUUUGUGCCUCUAUUUCAGAAAAUUCCUGGAGGCAGCCCUGUUCUUGGGUAUUUGGCAGCUGGAAUCCUGAUUGGUCCUUACGGUCUCUCUAUAAUUCGUCACGUGCAUGGAACCAAGGCCAUUGCUGAAUUUGGAGUCGUUUUCUUGCUUUUUAACAUUGGCCUUGAGCUAUCUGUUGAAAGGCUAAGUUCCAUGAAGAAAUAUGUUUUUGGAUUGGGCUCUGCUCAGGUUUUGGUGACAGCAGCAGUAGUCGGGUUGGUUACACACUUUGUUGCUGGUCAGCCUGGUCCAGCUGCGAUAGUUAUUGGAAAUGGUCUGGCAUUAUCGUCCACUGCUGUCGUCCUUCAGGUUUUACAAGAACGAGGUGAGAGUACCUCAAGACAUGGACGAGCUACAUUUUCUGUCUUGCUUUUCCAGGAUCUGGCGGUGGUUGUUCUACUGAUACUUAUUCCACUUAUUUCCCCUAAUUCAUCAAAAGGAGGGGUUGGAUUUCAAGCCAUUGCUGAAGCUCUUGGACUUGCUGCAGUUAAGGCAGCAGUUGCUAUUGCUGCCAUUAUUGCCGGUGGACGCCUGCUUCUUCGCCCUAUCUACAAGCAAAUUGCAGAAAACAGAAAUGCCGAGAUAUUCUCCGCCAACACACUUCUUGUUAUUCUUGGGACUAGCUUACUCACAGCUAGGGCUGGAUUGUCCAUGGCAUUAGGAGCAUUUUUGGCUGGUUUACUCCUUGCAGAGACAGAAUUUUCUUUGCAAGUUGAAUCAGAUAUUGCUCCAUACCGUGGUCUUUUGUUGGGACUCUUCUUCAUGACGGUCGGCAUGUCUAUUGAUCCAAAACUUCUUCUUUCUAACUUCCCUGUGAUAAUGGGAACAUUGGGGCUCUUAAUAGGCGGCAAGACAAUAUUAGUUGCGAUAGUGGGCAGAUUGUUCGGCAUUUCAAUCAUAUCUGCAAUUAGGGUCGGUCUUCUUUUGGCUCCUGGUGGAGAAUUUGCAUUCGUUGCUUUUGGUGAAGCUGUCAAUCAGGGUAUAAUGUCUUCCCAGCUAUCUUCCUUGUUGUUUCUUGUCGUGGGAAUAUCAAUGGCCAUCACACCAUGGUUAGCUGCUGGUGGUCAGUUAAUUGCAUCUCGAUUUGAGUUGCAUGAUGUUCGCAGUUUAUUGCCAGUUGAAAGUGAGACGGAUGAUUUGCAGGAUCACAUCAUUAUUUGUGGAUUUGGGCGAGUUGGUCAGAUAAUAGCGCAGCUUCUUUCAGAAAGACUCAUCCCAUUUGUUGCCCUCGAUGUCACAAGUGAUAGAGUGGCAAUUGGGCGUUCAUUAGAUCUCCCAGUCUAUUUUGGAGAUGCUGGAAGUAGAGAGGUUCUUCACAAAGUCGGUGCAGAGAGAGCGUGUGCUGCAGCGAUAGCUUUAGAUACACCAGGAGCAAACUACAGAUGUGUAUGGGCACUGAACAAGUAUUUCCCCAACGUCAAAACCUUUGUCCGUGCACAUGAUGUUGAUCAUGGCCUCAACCUUGAAAAAGCAGGCGCCACUGCUGUUGUUCCGGAGACUCUUGAACCAAGUCUGCAGUUGGCAGCUGCUGUUCUUGCUCAGGCCAAAUUGCCGGCGUCUGAGAUUGCGACAACCAUCAAUGAAUUCAGAUCGCGUCACUUGUCUGAGCUAACGGAGCUAUGUGAGGCAAGUGGGAGUUCGCUGGGGUACGGAUUCUCAAGGACGGUGAACAAACCCAAAGCUCAGCCGCCACCUCCACCUUCGGAAGCCUCCGACGACAACAUCUCUGAAGGCACUCUCGCUUUCUGAUCUUUCUUCACUUCCUCCGCCUUAUUAUUAUCAUCUCUGUACAGAUUUAUCCUCUGACCAGGAUUGGGAAUUGGGAAUAGGAAGGAACACACUCAAUUCUUCGACAAAUAAAACAAAUCGAUAUGCUCCCAAGUUUUGAUGGGAUGGAAUUUCCCAUAGGAAAAAAGCUUCUUCUUUUUU